UUAAUCUUAAACUCAAAUUAUUUUUUACUCCAAUUACAAAACCCUAAAACUUCCUCUUGCGUCACUCUCAAAACAUCACCCACCCAUUCCUCCGCAGGUUGCUCCAUGCCCGUCCGGGACAGCCCACAGCACAGCCCCUGCCGCCGGUCCGCCGUAUAACCCAGCCGCUGCCGCCUGUCCGGCUGUUUGUCGCUGCUGCCUGUCGGAGUGUAGGCUGUCACAAUCACAAAACGAAAACCCUAAAAAUCAGAAUUUUGAUAUUCUUAAGAGAUAUAAAGUUGGAGAAUUUAUUGCUUGAUUAAAAAAAUCGGGUGAAGUUGCGAAAUUUCCAUUCCCAUCACUUGUGUGUUUCCUAAUCAUUCUUAAAGACAUGUUCUUCUUAAGUCAAUUAGAGCACAGAUUAAGAUUACCCCCUGAUUUGCUUAAUGUCCUUUUAGAAGAUGCUAUUAAGGGUCAACUUGAAUCUAUUUUCUUAGACAAGGUAAUUGCUAAAUUGGGUCUUUGUGUAUCUAUUUAUGACAUUAUUUCAAUUGAUGGUGGCUUUGUCUUACCCAUUGAAGGUGCUCCUACUUACACGGUUGUCUUUCGUGUGGUCAUGUUCCGUCCUUAUGUUGGAGAAAUUAUUGCUGCAAAACUUAAAUGUUCGAACUCUAAGGGGUUACAGUCAGUGUCGCUUGGGUUCUUUGAUGACAUAUACAUACCUUUCUAUUCUUUGCCACAACCAAACCGUUCAGAGCCACAUGAAGAUCCUUACAUAAUGAUUCUUAUAGCAAACUGCAGGACGCAAGUGAGAUGGAUGUGGUUGUUCGAUAGUGCAGAAUUUCCAAUUGAUGAAGAUAGUGAGAUACGGUUUCGAGUUAGCAGUGUUGAGUAUCCUCCAAUCCCUUUAGAACAAGAGGAAGGUUCAAAGCCCUUUGCACCAAUGGUUGUUUCUGGAUCACUUGACUCUGAUGGGCUCGGUCCCAUUGCGUGGUGGGUUUGAUUCACGCAGUUGUUGUAGCCGAUCUAUAUAGGAAACUGAGCGUGGUUGUGGAUAGGCAAAAUCUGCAAUUCUUGAAGCCCAGGAUUGUGAGAUUUACAGUCCUCAUAUUAGAUGAUGAGUUCGUGAUAUUUUUACGAGACUCAAAUAGCUAUAAUUCUUUCUGUGGGCAUAUUGCUCGACUUAGUUACUAGUAUAGAUUUUGUAUUUUAAUUUUAUGAUAAUUAUUAUAAUAAAAUUUUGAUAUUAAAGGCUAUGCCAUAUUUAAUUCAAUUUUACUGAUGAUUGUUAUGCACUGAACAAAUGAAAGAGGAAAAUCUAUCUGUAUAUAACUAUUACUAAAACAAAACACUGUUCAUAUCAUCACUGUUUAAUAUUGCUUACAUGUAAUAAUUUCAGCAAAAGUUUUCACUCCAAAAUUCAAUGAUGA